GCGCCGUCGGCUUGGAUACGUCAGUAGAAAGUGAAUUGGCGCCUUUCUUGGAGCGGAUGCUGCAAACGCGCAAGGAGACCCUUCUCGAGCUGCUGGGCCUUCCGAUCGUUUCGUUUUCCGAUAAAUUGACGAUUCCGCAGUAUAUGUGGGAUCUUUACAACUUGUUGAGUCAGUCUAAUGAGACAAAGCCUGCAACGGAGAGUGGCGCUGAAGAAGACGUAGGGAAAGCAGCACAAGUCGACAUGGUUCAGAGUCUUACUAGCAGACAAGAGCUGGAUGUCUCUCCUCGUCUGAAGCAGGUGUUGAUUUUCCACACGCCUCCAAUUGCAUCAGCAGAUGAUGUGACGAGUGCGGAACUUCGAUUAUUUAGAGAAGUGCCUCAAACCGGAAGUAAACAGGAUAUACGAGUGGUAGCACACGCGAGUAUCUACAAUGUGACUUGGAUCCCGGGGAUUCCGGCUCCUUUGCGAGACUUGGUGGAUAAGGUUGAUCUGUACAAUACAGGUGGUAAACAUUGGGUUGUGUUUGAUGUUACACACACGGUUCGUAAUUGGGUGAAACGUUCAGAAACGAAUUGCACUCUUGAGUUACACACAGAGUUUGUGAACAAAACGAAAAUCAACCCGACAGUUGUUGGGCUGAAACGAUUUUCAAACGACUCAUUGAAAGAAGCUUUAGUUGUCGUGUUUAGUAACAACAAAGAAAUAUCCGUAGGCUUAGAGUCUCGAAUUAAAAGAGGGGCCAAAGAUAUUAGCAAUCUGCUGGGUGGAAACGAGCUUGAUUGGGGAAAAUACGAACUAAAGAGAAAAGACAGUCUGUGUCAUUGGCGAAAUUUCUACGUCGACUUUCGUCUGUUGAGGUGGAACAUUAUCGCACCACAAGGUUACCGUGCGGGAUAUUGUGCUGGUGUGUGUCCGAGUACACUCACUAAUAACAUGAAUGCAUCCAAUCAUGCAAGGAUUCAAAGUCUCAUGCAUCAUCUUCAUCCAGAUAAGUAUCCUCCUGUUGCAUGCGUUCCGGUACAGCUUGCUCCCAUCAUGGUGCUCUAUCGCAACAGUGAAGGAAACAUCGCACUGAGAAGAAUGAGAGAUAUGAUUGCUGUUUCAUGUGGCUGCCAGUGAGAUAUAAAGACACUUUACUGGUUGAUCAUAUUAAGUUGCCAUGUAUGCAGUAGCGGAUUGGUAAAUUGAUAUUAAUAGGUAUAUUCACUUUUUGUUAUAUAAUUGUCGUAUUACACUCACAUUGUAUCUUCAUCUUUAUUAUUAUGGUCAUGAUAUUGACGAGUUCUAAUAGUGUUAUUGUGAAACGUUCAUGCCAAGGUUUCACGUUUCUAGUAGCUGAACAUUUAGUAGUAUUUAUAACAAUAAAGUUAUAAGAUGAG